AUGCUAACUCAUUUACCAAAAUGCGCAUCAUUGAUACAAGAUGAAAGAUCUCUGGAGUACGACCGAUUAACAAAGAGACUAGAGAAGUCAAUCGUUGAGAACUCCCUCUACAGAUUGGCUACGGAUAUUAAAUUUUUGUAAGGCUUUUAUUCUGUUCACUCUUUCAAUCAGGAGGAGAAGGAGAAGCUUUUCGCUCUAUUGAUUGAAUACAGUCUUCAAAAGUAUGUGUAUAGUACAAAACAUUUAUUCUAAACCCCCUGCACUCCAAAAAAAAUUAAACUAUUUCUGUCAGCAUUCACCAAGAAGAUAUGCAAUAAUAUUUAGAUUAAAUACGAGGAUCUGAAACAAAUUUACGACGAAGUCAAUCAGAAUGGCUUAGAUACAACAUUCGACAACACCGAUUAAUAAAUCAGGAGAGGAAUUUAGUGCUUGCAAGAAUUUUUCGCAUUAUUUCGACACUUAAUUCCACCAAGUUACUUCCCCUAAUUGAUAGAAAACUAUUUGCAAGGCGAGAAUCUCAAUCAGAGGUUGUUUAGAGUAGUAAAGUCAGAGCCCAUCUCCACCUACACAAAGAGUUUCGAGAUGCUGAUAGAAUUUAAGAAGUCUUCGCAUGUAGUUAGACAAUUGGAUCCAUUUUUGAUAGCCUAGUUGAUCUCAUAUCGUCCCGAUUUGCCAAUCGACAAUUAUUUGGACUUCAUUUUGGAGGAUAUUUACAAUAACUAUAUAGUGCUCUUAUUAAACAUCUAAAACUUAUCUAAUUAAGCUCCCAUCUAAAUUCAUCAUGGCGGCAUGAGACCCUCGGAUUUCAUUUAACCCUUGGUCUAUUUGAUUGGGUCCUCAUAGACUAGGUCUAAGGUGUGGGAUACAAUUGAGAGGAUGUUUUUGGUCAUUUCAGAUUUGAUUCAUCCGAACAAUGCAACUUCCAAUGAUUUUGUUUUCUCCUUUUUCUAUAUGUUCGUUAAGACUUUUGUUGAAAGAGUGGAGGCUUAGAAUCAAUAGUAGGAGAAGAAUCAGGAGUAGGAGAAUGUGUUAGAAAACAAUAUAUUUACGAAGGAUGAACAAUUGUUUUUGUAGGAUGAGGAGAUGAAUGAUAUGGAUGAGGAGGAGGAAGAGGAGGAAGACGAUAAUGACAAGGAGAAGUUGUUUGAUAAGAAGGAAUUCAUGAUUGAUUAGGAAGGCAUUGACAAAUUUAUAUCUAUUGUCAAACCUCAUUUAAAAUACUUAAUUUAUCAGAAGACCAGGUUCAAGAUUUAAGUGGCAGGAAUAUACAAAUCUUUAUGUAAAUUGAGACCUAAGGAGAUUUUACCUUAUGUAAUGGAGUAGAUUUAAUUGGCUUUAGAGAGGGAUGAUAUGAAACCAUUACUCAUUAUACACAUAAUUGAGAAGAUUUUUAGGCCAGCAAUUUAAUUUGAUCAAUACCCUCAAAUAAUCAACUACAUCCCAUUUAUAUUAAGACAAACGACCAAUUUCAUAUUGGAUAGUGGAGAAUAAAUAUGGAGAUUUUAUGACAUCCUGUUUCAAUACAUUCCUAUUUACGAAAUCAAGGAUCUAGAAGCUCAAUAUCCAAAUCUAAAUCUACAAGAAGAAAUGAAAAUCGAUGACAUCAACUUCUAUUCGAUCACCUAAGAAAUAAGCGAUUUGGCAUUGGAAGCCUUCAGAAAAUAUGUUUCCACUUUUGAAUAUAGUGAUGUCAAGUAUCACAGCAGUCAAAGAUGCUCAGAAAUUAUAUUUUCAACGAGAAAUAAAUUCUAUAAUUUUGUGUUCUAGAGUUCCAAAUCGAAUUACAAAGAAAUAGUCAAUAUUGUUUGUAAUUAUUUGGACGAUAAAAUACUCAAUAACCUUUCAGAUAAUUUUGUUCUGCUUCUUUAAGCCAUUAUUUUGAGGGAUCCUAAUGUUCUAAAAGAUGUUUUGACUGUAAUUCAGAAUCAACUCUUGAGACAAACAAAAGAUCAUUAUGAAUUUAAUAUUUCGAACAUCACAACAAUUAGAAAUUAUUUAAUUAUAAUCUAUGAAACUAUUUAGUUUUCAGGAAGUGUGAAUAAAUAGUAUUACAAAAUUUUGAAAAGCAUAAUCGAUCUAAGUUUGAAGCAUGAAGAAACUAAAAUACAAUAAGCAGGUUAAAAUAUAUUGGCUUGUCUACUCAUGAGUUAAUCAGCAAUUCACAUUAGAGACUUUUAAUUUACCAAUGAUCCUACUAUCUAGUUGGAUUGGUUGAAAUUGAAGCAAAAAGGUAAACAAGAGAAAUAUUUACCUAAAUGGUAAGAAAUCGAUGACCAAGAAUUUAUCAAAUAGAUUAUGGAUGAUUACUAUCAUCCAGCUCUUUAAUAAAUUCGAGAAAUCAUUACAUAAAAGGGAGACAACAAGUCUUUCGUUGAAUAUUUAAAGAAUGAUUUUCUAUCACAAUAUGAAUAACAAUAUCAAUUGGAUACAAAAUAAAAUUGCCAAUAGAUUGAACUUAAAAUCAGGAAGAAUCUCUCUCUGAAUAUUGACGUCAUCUAUGCAUUUCUGAGACCACUCUAUUUUAGGAUGAAACAAUACAAUGAAAAUUCAAGUGAGGCAUUUAAGAAAUUCCAAGAUCAAUAUUGUUUUGGUGUUUUAAAUAAGAUGUACAAUGAAGUCAUUCAAUUUUGCAUUGAUUUUGUGCCUGUCUAUAUUAAUAAUGGAUUAGCAUUGGAUGGAAAACUGGCUACCAGUUUUAUCAAUAUCAUCAAAUUGUUAAUACAUGAGACUUCUGAUAAAAUUCAAAGGUUAGGCAAAUGGUUGUAAGUGAAAACUAGAUCUUCAGAUACGAACAAGAUCAAAUUUUAUAAUAGAUUCUAAUCUUAGAUGUUCUAUACAUAUUUAUUAAAUAAUAGAAUCGAUUAAAUUUAUUACAAUCAAAUAAUGAAUCAAUAAAAUAGAGAAAUGCUUUUGAUAUCAAUCCCAUUCCUAUUCGAUUCCAAUGAAUUUAGUUACAAAGUGAAUUGGAUUUGGUUAUCAAGCAGAAUGGAAUUAUUGGAUGAUCGAGAAUGGCUAUAUGAUUUGUUUAAGAAAUUGUAUGAGCAACUCAAAACAGUAUUCAAAAAUAAAUGGUUCAAUUAACAAUACAUUGAAAGUUUGAACGAAACUGAAAAAUAAAAACUGUCCCUUUUCCAGAAUCACUUUACUAAAGGAUUUGCUAAUUUCGUCAGUAUCGUAUCUAAUCUAAAUCCUGGACUGUUCUUAGAUUCCUAUUAGAUAUUUGAUUGCGCAUAUCAAAAUUUGAUAGACAAAGUGAAUAGAGCUGAUUUCAAUUUGGAUGUGUUAAGUUUAGUGUAAAAAAUAUCCUAAGCUAGUGUUGAACUUAAUCAGGCUGAUUUUGAUAGAAAGCAUAUUUUGAUCAUAAAAAAUUAGGAAGUCUAGAAAUACGUUGAUUCUAUUUUUGAAUAGAGAAAUCAAUAUUGGUUAGAACAGUAAACAAAGAUAAGCAAAAGUUUGGUAUCUUUGAAUGAGAAAUUAAACUCAAUAGUAGAAUUUUGGUUGAGCAUUCCAAUAGAUGCAGGCACAUCUAGAUAAUUGAUCACUAAUGGAUGUGCUCUAUUAUUGAUGAGAACAGAAGAAUUACCUCAAUUGAAUGAGAAGGUUAUUUUGAAGGCAUUCCAUUGUUGUAUCAGUUAGGAAUUUAAUAUUCGAAGUUUAGGAAAGCUUUUGCUGUAUAGAUUAAUUUAGAUCUGUGUUUUUAAGCACAAAUCAUACAAGUAUAUAGCAAGAAAGCAAGAGGAUUUCUAAAAUGCCAAUAUCAAUUUGGAUCAGUACAAUGUCUAUAGAUUUAUAUUGUCUGACGAUUAGAAAUAUUACAAAUUGAACGAUUAUCACAGGAAGGGCAAGAUAUUACUAUACAACUCCCUUAAAUAUACUGAGAUACAGAGGGAAGAAGCGAAGAAACACUUUAAGGUUCUCAAAUCCAUCAGUCCAGAGUAAUGGCAUCAAUUUAUCAACUUGAUGAUCAUUGAUUAGAGUGUAUUAGAUUAGUAGCAAUCAUAAUAGCCAAUUAUGCAAUUCUAAUAUAAUUAGGAUAAAUCAUCAAUAGCAAAUUUAUUCAACGAUGUCGAUAAUUAAGCCAAUGAGCAAUUCUUUUAUAAUUCUUAUAUGUAGGCUCCAAUCAGAUUUAGUUUGUUAUAUAAAAAAGUGUAGUUUAUGAAAUAUCUAUUUGCGAUUACAGAUUAUGAAGUGUUCAAUCACACAAAGCAUUUGAUUGAUCAAAACAAUUUAGAUCAAUUGUCCUUUUAGAGAAUUUAUCUAUCAGGUUUGCUUUAUUCUUUGCAUUCCUCUUGGGAUUGCCAAUACAAAUAGUAGAUAAUCGACUAUUGCAUAGACAAGUUUGAGAAGAUAAUUAUGGACUAAUCCAGAGAUGAAUUUAAGACAUUCUAGUAUUACCUACAUGUAGCCUUAUCCAGAUGUGACCUCAGAAAACAGGAGCAAUUCUUGCUUUCGAUUUUAGAAAAGGUGCAAAAAGAAAACGAUAACAAAAAGCUGAGAUGGAUCUUCUUGUUUUAUACUAUUAUUGAAUCUAAGAAGCAUUAAUAGAUCAAAUUAUUAGACAACAUACUAUAAACCAAUGUAGAUUAUUCAAAUUUGAAGGCAGUUCAAACAUUCAUUCCACUGAUCAUUGAUUAAUAGAAUAAAUAUCCCCAUAACAUUGAACUAUUGUAGGAGUUCGGUUUGUUAGAGAAAUUCAGAUAGCAAACUGAAAUUUCGGUGGAAUCAAAGUACUUCAUCUUUGAAAUUUCAGAGUUGUUUUCUAAAGGACUAUAUAUCCUGGUCACUUAAUUUUAGUAAUAGAAUAUCAAUGGGAAAAUAAACAUCAUAGAAACCUUGUUUGAAGGUUGGAAGUCGAAGAAGUUCUUCAUCAAUCCAUAUAUAUUAUAAAAAAUGCAGCCAAUUGUUGAGUAUCUACUCACAAUAAAUGAGGAGAACAAUUUACAACAAUUAACAUAGGGAUUGUAGAUCUUUUCAAACAUAAGAAUUAAAGAGUGUACUAUUGUUUUAAUUUAACUGACAUUGAAUUUAUUGAAGGUUUCUUAAAAUGCUGUCAGAGUAAGAUAAUUGAACUUUUUAAAAAUACUCACAAAAGAGAUAUUGCAUAUCAACAGACCUGAAAUAUUGGAGAAUAUUGCCCAGUAUUUGUUAGAUGAAAAUAAGGUAGUCAUGUAAUCAUGUUUUGAACUUACAACUCAAUUGAUUCAACAAAUGACUCUGCAAGAAGUGAAUUAAUAAUUGGAAAUCUAUUUGAAAUAAGUUUAGGCUACGAAUAAGGAUACUGAACUUCAAGGCAAAUAGGUGUUGAUGGCUAUGAUAAUGGCACAUCCAAGAUACACUUAAUCAUGGAUCAAUUAGGCGUUGAAAGUAGUUUUAGAGAAACAGAAUAAGUUGCUAUAAUAGCAGAAGACAUUUGCAGCCAACUAUUUGAAACUGUACAGGGCAAACUAAUUGAUGGAGGUCGAGGAUGUAUAGAUUUAGAUAGAGUUUAUUGAGAAGAUGAGUGAACUGUCAAAUCCUUAUAAUUAUUUUGCUUGA